AUGGCCCCAACCUUCGACAUCCGACCGUACGCUGAGCAGCAUGCAUCAACGAACGGUCCUGGAGAUGCCCGACCAACUGCUCUCCAGAUCAUCAAGGAUAACGACCUACUAGGCAAGCUGUCCGACAAGACUAUUCUUGUCACCGGAGGCACCAAUGGUAUCGGCUUGGAGACGGUCCGCCAGCUGGCAAAGACUGGAGCCAAGGUCUUCUUUACCGCAAGGAAUGAGGAAAAGGCAAAGAAUGUCGUCCAAGAUCUGGUCGAAGAGGGAAAGACAGACCCAAGUCUCCAGGAUGCGAAGAUCCAGUGGGUAAAGAUGGAUCAAACCAGUCUACAAAGCGUGAAGGAGGGGGCGGAGGAAUUCUUGAAGAGGAGCUACAGGUUGAACGUACUCGUCUGCAAUGCUGGCAUAUCCCAAACCCCAUACGCAGUCACGCAAGACGGCUUCGAAGCACAGUUCGCCACCAACCAUCUUUCGCACUUUUACCUCUUCCAGCUGCUCAAGCCAUUGCUACUGAGAUCUUCGGAACCAAAUUUCAACAGCCGCGUGGUCGUCGUGGCGAGCGCAGCGAAUGCCCUCUCCACUGUCCAAGUCGGUAACUAUGGGCUCGACGAACCUCCAAAGGAGUACUACGACCCGAUGUGCGAGAUGGAUGGCGAUCACAAUCCCAUGAUCCUAUACGGUUCCUCCAAAACAGCGAACAUCUGGUUCUCGAACGAAAUCGAGCGUUGUUACGGCGCGAAAGGUCUGCAUAGCCUAAGUCUGCAUCCGGGCGUCAUCCUCACCGCCGGCUUCGCGACCCUGGAUCCAAGGGUUGCGGAGAAGCUUGCGGCGCUCAUGAAUGAUGAGAGCAUCAUGAAAGCUUUCAAGUCGGUGGAGCAAGGGGCUGCUACACAGGUAUUGGCGGCAGUUGGCAAGGACUUUGAGGGUAAAGGUGGCGUCUACCUGGAUGAUUGCGGAGUCAGUCAGCCGCUGAAGGAAGGUGAUCAGGCUGGCAUCAGUGGGUAUAAGCAGUGGAUAUACGACGAGGAGGGUCAAAGGCGGUUGUGGAAAGACUCGCUGGACAUGGUUGGGUUGAAGGACGAACAGUAG